AUGGAAGCCAUAGGCCUAGUGGCCAGCAUAAUCACCCUCAUCAGCGCAGCCAGCCAUGCCACCUCGGUCCUAGAGCGAGUAUUGGGCCUGCGCGGCAUUUCUCUCUACGUACUUGGAGCGAUCAACGAAGUCUCGGACUUCAAGGCUACUCUCACUUUGGUACAGACGACAUUAGAGGAGACCCAGCACCAACUUCCGCUCGACCAUCGGGUCGAAUACACAAGACUGUUGGAUCGAGCAAUGGGCUGUAUGAACGCCUUCACGAAGUACCUACAGAAACAUGUCCUGCGUGACCGAGAACAAGUUGCCUGUGUUGGUAAGGCCAUGGAGUUGAAGAGACGUAUGAAGUGGACGGAAGUGUUGGGAGGAGGCCAAACGCAAUGUCAGAUUAACGCAUUCCAGCAGGAGCUGGCUUCAUUGAAACUGAGCUUUGUACUUAGUACCCCUGCUCAAAUCUUCAGCGCAAAAAAUCUGAACGGCCAAUUGUGCGAGCUUUUCCGAAAUCGACCCGAUGUCGUGGACGCUAGAGAUACUCUCGAUCUUGCUCCCGCUACAAGAUUAAUACUGGAAGAACGUAUUGUCAGCUUGAGUGACCUUCUUCGAAUUCAGCCAAGCGCUGCGCUAGCUCGAGACACUUUGGGCAAGACCCCGCUACACUGGGCUGUUAUUCUGGGAAACGCCGAGGCGAUUGAUUUGUUAGUAGCAGCUGGCGCGGAUCUAAACGCCGUCUCAAAAGAUCAUAAGACCAUCUUGUGGAAUGCCGUCAGAUCAAAGUUUAGUUCGCGUUCUAUUUGCAUCAAGAUAUUGGAAGCCGGCGCAGACGUUAACCAGGUCAUUCAACACACAUUCACGGCCCUCGGAGUAGCAGUGUCUAGUUCACGGGUCUCGAUGACGGACAUCUUACUAAAAGCUGGAGCUGAUGUGGAUGGAGCUCAGAGUGGGCAUCCCGCUCUCACAAUUGCGGCUUCUACUUCUGCACCCGAAGUUCUGGAGCAUCUGCUGUCUGCAGGCGCCAAUAUCGAGGCCCGAAAUCCUCUCGGCAAGACUGCAGUCAUAUGCGCUGCGCAGUAUAACAACCACGCCGCACUCGAGAUACUCAUACAGCAUGGCGCUCGGCUCAACGGUUGGACGAAUUCACAUCACUCGAUCAUACAUUUCGUGGCCAGUUAUGGCGAUUUGAAGACUAUGCAAACUCUGGAAAAAGCAUGUAUAGAAGGCCUUCCAAUGGACGAGGACUCACUGGAAGACUACUGGUACCACUUCGAAGAUAGACGCUGCAACAAGUAUUUGCCAAAGGCUAAGAUGUCCCGGGAGGUCGAAGAGGCUGCUUUCCAGGGUCUCCUCGAUAGCAUUGUACCCGCAGAAUAUGCCACGUCGGAGGAUGAACACUACGAAGAUUCUGACGCUAUUCGCAUACCAGGGGCAUUUCCAGUUGAUCCAGACGGUUCAGAUUGCGAAACUCGGAUUGCAGAGGCGCGAGAAAAGGAUGCCGACUACGAAUGCGAAGAGGAGAAAGAUAGCGACGAUGAAUCGUGGAUUACUACCGACGACUGUUCGGGUGACGAAGAGGACACGAAUGCUGUAACUGAUGACGAUGAAGACGGUGAUCUGACUUGA